AUGGUAAAAUCGACACAAAUUGCCCGGUUAGACGGUAUGUCUCUACCCCUUUCCGAGCCUACCGACGAACGAGCCCCUGACUCCACGCAUUUCUCCCCAUGAAUAGGUGUCCCUCUAGCAGCCACCGUCGACGACGACCAAGCGGAAGCAGAACUCGCUGAAGUGAAACAGCAGUGCAAACUGAUUUUCAAAAGACUAAAUCAGCAUUCCGAGCCCAGAGCGAGUAUUGAAUCUGGCCCUUUUACCCUGCAGUAAGGCAACCGACAAUUCCGGAGUUCUUCCAGACUGCACACAAGUUUCCGUCAGUUGCUAACGGUGUCGGUGAAACAGCUACAUUAUCGAGAACCACGUAUGCUACUUGUGCGUUUGCGAUAAAUCAUACCCACGUAAACUCGCCUUUACGUACCUCCAGGACAUCGCGGCCGAGUUCUACUCAUCGUACGGAAAUGAGCUCACGAAUCCAUCUUUGCGACCGUAUGCGUUUGUCCAGUUCGACACUUUCAUGCAGAGAACCAAGCGCACAUAUCAGGACACGAGGGCUAGCGCGAACUUGGACAAACUGAAUGAUGAUCUCAAGGAUGUUACGAGGGUUAUGACCAAGAACAUUGAGGAUUUGUUGUACAGAGGGGAUUCGCUAGAGAGGAUGGGGGAUAUGAGCUCAAGGUUGAGGGAUGAAAGUAAGAAAUAUAGACAGACUGCCGUCAGGAUCAACUGGGAACUUAUGUUGAAGCAAGUAUGUUGGAACAAAUUCCUUUCCUCUCGGGAAUGGCCGGGGCUAACACCAUUCGUAUUCAGUACGGACCAAUAGGCAUUGUGGGCCUGGUAGUGCUCUUUUUCAUUUGGUGGAGAUUUUUCUGAGCGGUAGUAAGCAUCUCGUAUUCCUCUAAUGGUCGAGCAUCUCUUUCAUUGUGGACACGGUUGAGCUGGGGACAGAAAAAACGGGAAAUUUGGAGUGUCGCGACUUCGGCUGCCCUCCUGUUAUGCCUUGAUAUCUAGGUGUAUGAUAUUUAUUGUACGACAUGUAGACUAUUCUUCUGUAACGCUUGUCUGAAAAGAAACCCAGAACUGUGAGACCCUACGAUGCGGGUUCAUAGUAUGUUCCAAGCUCCCGUACCGUGAUGCGUCGAAAGGGAUAGCCCUGUGCGUCCUAGUAUGCUACCACAGACGGAUGUAUGAUACUCGUACAGUACGGUAUCCCUCUGGGAUUGCUCCCACGCUGCACGGUUUCAGGCCCACUGGAGUACCCUAUCGUUGUCAGUGCCCGGGGGGAAGCUUGGCUAGCAUGCUGUGCUGCAUAUCAUAUCAAGUUAACUAAUCCACGAAACCGUUGAGCCCCGAGC